AUGACAACAGCAUUAUUAGCAUCAACAAACAAUAAUUGGAAUAUUGAUAAUGAUUUAAAUACCAUUAACAAGGAUUUAAAUAUUAAGGAUCAAUUUCAAUCAUCAGUCGAAAUAAUAUCAACUGAACAUAUAACACAAGCAUGUAUUGAUAAAUGUCCACAGGAGAAUUUUACAAACACUGAGCAUACAAAUUUAGGAUGUGGUGAAGAUUGUUAUAAUAAACAGUAUCAUCUUGGUUGUUCACUAUGGGAAUCAGCUUUAUUAUCCUCUUGCCAAAUAGUUUGCAAUCAAACCGAUGAUGAUUUAAUUCAAUUAAAAGAUGUUUACUGUACUAUGGGCUGUAAUAAUGCUCUAAAACGAUAUUUUAAAUGGUUACGGAGUGAAAUUAAAAUACCACCAGCACCAGCUUUAGUUGCUGAUACUUUAACAGCUACAUCAUUAUCAUUAGAAUGGAAAGUUCCAGUAAAAUUGAUUGCAUUAACACAUGAAACUUAUACACCAAGCAGUUAUUUAGUACAAUGGCGUUAUGAAGCUCUAGAUGAAGAUUGGAAAUUUUGUAAAAAUCAAAGUAUUGAUUAUAAUAAUUCAACAAUAUUUUUAGAUGGUUUAAAACCAUAUACAAAAUAUAGGUUUCGUGUUUCUAUACCACUGUCCCCAAAUGGUGAAGAAAUUUUGGUAUCACAUCAAAGCAUCAUUAUAAGUACUUUAGCUGAAGGAGUACCAACAUCACAACCAAUAAUUGUAAGAACUGUUGCUGUUGAUCAUACAAGGAUAUCUGUUUCAUGGGAACCUGGUCCAUUUCCGAAUGGUCCAUUAUUAUCAUAUUCUUUGGAAAUAAAAUUAUUAUCAUCCGAGGGUUAUUAUUCUGCAUUUAAGGAGAUCUCAGCGUCUGAAAAUGUCAGUUUUUAUAUAUUUGAUAAAUUACAACCGGCUAAAAAUUAUUCAAUUGAAAUAUCAAUGAGAAACGCUGUUGGUGAGGGUCCAAAAGCAAAACGUAGCAUUAAAACCUUAGAUGCUCCUCUUCUAUAUCAAAACGAACCGGAACCAAAAUUAAUUUUAGGAACAGAAUAUUCUGUAAUGUUUCAAGAUGCUGAUAUUUUAAGUGGAAAUUCAAAAGUUUUUUAUCACAGCGAACAUAAAUUAUUGGGCAUUGCAAUUCAUAUUGCUAAAUCAUUACUUUUUAUAUCGGAUGUUACAAAAAGAGUAGUUAGAACAACUUUAGGAGUACAUGGACCAACAAAAAUCAUUUUAACAGCUGAUUCUGAGAAUGUCAAUUUUGUGCCUUCUUUAUUAACCAUUGACUGGUUAAAUGAUCAUUUGUAUAUGUUAGCAAAAUUGGAACACUCGAAAUCACAAUAUCAAAUAUCACGUUGUAAUCUUGAUGGCAGCAGCUUAACAGUAGCUUAUGCCGGCUUAUCAACCAAACCAAGUCAUAUUCAAGUUGAUCCGGUUAAUGGUUUUCUAUAUUGGAUUAUACCUGGUUAUCAAGCUAUGGAUGCUGGUCUUUACAAAAUGGAUUUAGCUGAUAUUUCAAACGGAGUUAAACGUUCAACAACUGUUUCCCAUUUGUUACAAGGUGAAAGUUUAGGGGCUUUUGUUGUUGAUUUCAACAAGUUCAAAUUGUUAAUACCAGCUUUAGCAAAUAAUAACAUAUACUCUGUGUCAUUCGAUGGUAACAGUAAAGAAGAAAUUCGUAAUAAUACACAAAAACCACAAUUAUCUGUCGUAAAAUCAUUAGCAAUGGCGAAUGGUAUAUUCUAUUGGACAAAUGGAAUAAGUCUAUUUACUGAAGAUCGUCAUGAAGCUGAAGACAAAUAUUAUCAUAAUUCGUUUCCAAUAAUACAAAAUGAAACUUUUAUAUCAGUAGCUGUCAAUUUACCAUCAUCACAACCAAUUCCUGUUCCAGUCUCACCGCCGAGGGAAAUACAAGCACUUUUAAGUUCAACAACUGCAAAGGUAACAUGGGAUAUACCGUAUUUAUUAGGUCACCAAGGUAAAGGUGCAUGGCAAAAAUGGGAGUAUGUUUUAAAAGUUAUGGAUAAUACAAUAGUUCAUCAUUCUUUUGUGAAUAUAUCGGAAACUCAGUACACUGUUUAUAAUUUAAAACCAGAUACAAAUUACACAUUUUUAGCAGCCGCUUAUACAUCAAGUGGAUAUAGUCCUUAUAGUACUGAGUUUAAAGCGAAAACAUUGAAAUCUAGUGAAGAUCGUUAUCUGUUUUGGUCGUCCAGCGAUGGCCUUUAUCAAACAGAUAUUAUUGGUGAAAAUGCUACAUUGUUGAAAUCGUUCUCUGAUAUUUCUUAUGGAAAUGUUACUGAUAUUGAGUGGUUUGAAGAUUUACUAUUUUUCGUUAGUAACUCUAAAUUAACAAUAUUAAAUAGAACAGCCAAUAAUGUGAUGAACGUUUGGUAUGCAAAUGAAGUUGAAAAUAUUGGUAUUGAUUGGAUUGGAAAAAAAAUAUAUUGGUCCAGUCCAACACAAAGUUUUAUUUCUAGAUCAAAUUUUGAUGGACAAAAUCGUGAAUAUAUACUUCCAACGUAUUCAGUUAAAGAGAUCCGAAUAGAUUCUCUUAACGGUCACAUUUAUUAUUCAACGGGAAAUAGUAUAGAAGCAUGUCAUUUAAAUGGUAAAGACAAAAUACACUACACAACAUUCCAACAUAGCACUGGAUACAUAAUGGGACUUACCUUGGAUAUUGAAAAUGAAAAAUUGUAUUGGAUAGGACGUCGUUAUGGUGAUAACCCAGAUUUAUACAUAGCAAACAUGGCAAAUAAAUGGAAUGAAGAUCGGAGAAUUCAACAAAUUCCAUUAGGAACAUUUCUUGUAAGACAAGAUUCACCUUCAAAUUUUCUUACACAUUUUAGUGAUCGCUUAUUAUGGAUGCAAAAUAAUUCGACAGUAAUUGUUGGCGAUAUUUCCGGCGAAAAUUUAGCGAAAUUAAAUUUGUUAUAUGAAAACAAGGUAAUACAGUUGCAGUCGGUAUCAGUAUUGGAUCCCAGUCAUCGUCUAUACCCUAAAGGAAUAUCAAGGAAAAAAUUGAAUGUUAUCCCAGAAGCUAUUGACGCUUCUUCUGUACGAAUUGAUGGACUGUGGAACUCAUUUAAUAUAACGUGGUCUCCAGUUUAUACAGUAAAUUAUGGAAAAGUAUUUUAUGAAAUAAAAAUUCAAGUAAAACCUCAAAAUGAUACUAUUGAAAUAGCAACACCAAACGAUACACUAAUGCCUUAUUUCUAUUAUUCAGCCGGACAGAUUAUGCCGUAUACUGCACUUAAUAUUAAUAUUAGAGCAUAUACUUAUUGGGCUGCUUCUAAAUUUACAACUGUUGAUUUAUAUUCUCCAGCCGCUGCACCAUCAGAACCUACCAAGGAACGUAUAUUUAUUACGCAUUCACAUAAUCCAUUCACAGGAGGUAGAAAUAUUACAGCGACAUUAAGAUGGAAUCCUCCAGAACGACCAAAUGGUUUAAUAAAAUCUUAUAGCAUUUAUGGAUGGUAUAAAGUAAAUGGAACAGAGAAAAAUAUACGUUUAGAGAACAUUAAAGAAGAAUUCGCAUCCAUUUCGAAUCUUUUAAACAAUAUAACCUACUAUUUCCAAAUUCAAGCCUUCACUUCUGUUGAAGGAGGUAAUAGAACAUUUCCUAUUCAUGUAAAUUCAAGUAUAGAACAACCUAUUCCAAAACUUCUUAUUGCCGAAUCAAAUCGUAUCGAAGAAUUUGAUUUAGACUUGAAUAUGACGCGAUCGAUAAUCCAUACAGGUUAUCCAGUAAAUUACUUAGCUUAUAUUGAACUAGAGAAACGUAUUUUUUGGUUUGACGAUAACAAUUUAGUUUCACUAAAAGCUAAUGAUAGGAAACAAAUUAAAUUAGCUGUAAUAAAUAAUGAAAUUUUGUCAUUAACCGUAGAUUGGAUACAAAGAAUUAUCUAUUGGUCACAAACUGAAAUCGAAAAUGGCUUAAAAAGUUCAAUUUAUCGAUUAGAUUUAAAUCAGUUUGAAGGCAAGCCAUUAUUAGGCGAAAAAUUACAUUCAAGCUCAAGUUACAUAAGAAAUCUUACAAUAUCACCUUUUGACCAAAAAUUGUUUUGGCUGGAAUUUGACAAUUUUUAUGCGAGAUACGGUAGGUUAGUUCAAUACGAUUUGCAUGAGAAGGCUGAAAUGGAAUUAGAAGAUCAAAUCAAAACAAAAUGUAAUCGAACACUCGUAAUAAAAACUCUUCUGUUAGAUACUCCUAGUUGGAAGGAAAACAAUUUAGUUUUAAUACAUAUUGAUGAUCAAAUGUACAUGUACGGACUAAAAUCAAAAAUGUGUAGCAUUUUAACCAAAGAAAAGUAUUCAUUAAAUAUGAAGAAUUCAGUUAGACAGAUUGUUAAAGAUAGCGAUAACAUUUAUAUAAUUAGAAACGAAACAAUCAUUAUAAGAUCAUCAAGAUAUAAAUUAAAAUAUCAAGUUAAUUUUAACAAAAAGAUAUCCCAUGCUCUAGCAUUUAAUUAUCAAAGCUAUCCAGAAAUGCAAUGUUUAUUACCAAAACAAGUUCGAAGCGGUACAGAAAUUCCUGAACUCAUAAAAGAAACAGAGCACAGUUUAACUUUGAAACUACCGCUUCUUGAGCCUUAUUCUGAUUGUUCAUUGCAAUUGACUGGUAUAAAAUACUUAAUUGAAUAUUCCCCUAUUGAUCCAAAAUUCCGCAAUACAACGAAAUGGAAAAUGAUUACAGCUUAUAAGCCAAUCACUGAAGUAAGAAAUUUAAAAUCAUUUACAAAAUACAUGGUGAGAGUGUCUGUUACUAAUUAUUAUGCCGAACGAUUAGGACUUAAAAUGUUUGAAAGUGAAAACAUAAUUUUGUUAACAGCUCCAGGUCCACCAUCUUCACCCAGAGAUCUCGAAGCAGAGCCAAUUAGUCCCACAGAAACUAUGGUUACAUGGUUGAAACCACUUGAAAUGAAUAGCGAAUCGAUCUGGUAUGAAAUACAUUACGAAACAGAAAGUAAUAAGCAUCAAAGCCCAAUAACUGAAGACAAAUUUAUUCUUGAUCCAUUGGACCCCGAAAGAAUUUCAUUCAAAUUAACAAAACUAUUACCAAGUCAUCAAUACACUUUGUGGAUUUUAGCCUAUUCUUCAAAUACAACAUACACUUCAAGUGAACGUGUAGAAAUUGAAAUGUUUGAUGAACCCGAAAAUAUAACCAUAAAAGAAAUUGGUUCGACAUACAUGAAAUUACAUUGGAUAACGCCAAAAGAUGUUAGUAAAUACGUACUCGAAUGUAACAUAAGAGGCAAUCGAACAGUAAUGACUGUUUUUGAUUCAACCGACCUUUCCUUUUUAAAUAUUGAUAAUGAACAUAACUAUUUAAUAUCAGAAUUGGAACCAAAGACUACGUAUAGAUUUUCUGCAAGAUUAUUUUAUUCAAAGCAUGAAAAAUCAUAUGUUUGGCCACCUGAAGAUCGCUUCUUUUUCGAAACUUUAGGUGAUUGUCCAAGUUCCCCGGGAAAACCUAGAGUAAUUCCUGUUGGGGGAGAUGUUAUUAAAAUAUCAUGGGAACCAGCACGUGAUAAUGGUGCUUUUAUAGAGGAAUACAAUUUAGAAGCUUUGCCUGUAAAGUCAAAUGGUCGAAGAACAAGAAGAUCCGCUGAAGAUACAUCGCUUUUACAAAAAUCAGAUGAUGACUACGAAAAUGAAGACCUUGAAAAUUUAAAUAAUAGCACCGAAGUCAUUAUAUAUAACAGUUCCGAUGCUGAUGAUAAUUACACAUCAAUAUUACAACAUACUAGUUCAGUUGAAGAACCUCAACAAAAGUCUGAAAAAUGGUUUAUUUACUGUAAUGUUACAGAGAAUCAUUGCAUUAAACAUGAUAGUAAAAUAAAUGAAUAUACACUUAGAGUGAGAGCAAGAAAUUCAUAUGGAUGGGGUCCUUAUAGUCAGGAAACAGAAGCUAUUAGCGAGCCCUAUAGCUCCCCACAACGACAUGAAACUUUAGUUUUCGCUAUUGGAAUUCCAAUAUUUUUAUGUGGAUUUGUUGUUAUAAUAAGCUGCAUUGUUUUUGUUCAUCGCCGAUGUACAACACCAAAGAAGAUCCUCCAACAGGCGAAUAAUCGAUUCAUGGACGUUGAGUUGGCUAAUUUACGUGAAUUACCACGAGAUGCCGAUGUUGCAUUACUCCCACAAAUACGACGUGAUCAAAUUACGAUGACCAAUUUCUUAGGUAGUGGAGCUUUUGGUGAAGUUUAUGAGGGCAUCGUACGGUCUGAUGAUCAUAUAAACAUAAGAGUUGCUGUUAAGACCCUUAGAAAAGGUGCUUUGGAACAAGAGAAAUUUGAAUUCCUUCAAGAAGCUCAACUUAUGAGUAAUUUUAAGCAUGAACAUAUCUUAAGAUUAAUUGGAGUUUGUUUUGAUUGUGAAUCACUAUAUAUAAUAAUGGAACUUAUGCAAGGUGGUGAUCUCUUAAGUUACCUGCGCUCAUCUAGGCCGCAGAAUGGUGCUCCAGCUUCAUUAAAUUUACUAGAUUUAGUAUCAUUGUGUGUCGAUGUUGCAUCCGGCUGUCGAUAUUUAGAAGAAAUGCAUUUCGUUCAUCGUGAUUUAGCGUGCCGAAAUUGUUUAGUAUCAUCAUUAAAUCCGCAUGAAAGAGUCGUUAAGAUUGGAGACUUUGGUUUGGCACGAGAUAUAUACAAAAAUGAUUACUAUCGAAAAGUUGGCGAAGGUUUACUGCCAGUUAGAUGGAUGUCACCUGAAAGUUUAGUUGAUGGAGUAUUUACAUCACAAUCUGAUAUAUGGGCGUUCGGAGUUUUAUGUUGGGAAAUUAUGACUUUAGGACAACAACCAUAUCCAGCUAGAAAUAAUUUUGAAGUAUUAGAUUAUGUUCGAGAUGGUGGAAGACUGGAAAAACCAACUGGUUGUCCUAGAGAAUUAUAUCAAUUAAUGUUGAAAUGUUGGAGCUAUAGGCCAGCAAAUCGUCCAACAUUUAGAUAUUGUUUGCAAGUUUUGGAGUGUUUAAAAGAAAGUACAAGUAAAUCAUAUCAAUUGUUGUGUAAUGAAAAUAGUAAUCGUUUACCUAAUGGUGACAUUUUUAACCCUUCAUAUCUGGGAUCAGAUUUCAACCAUAAUCACAAUAUUGAAUUCGAAGAUUCAGAUAAAUUUUCGGCUUCAGAUAAUAAUUGUAGAUCUUUAGAAAAUUUGGAAACACCAGCAAUCCUAACACCAGCUUCAUCAACACAAACAAUUACACCAAAAUAUUUAGAAAUUUUAUAUGAUGCAAAUGCAACACCAACAGACAAUAAAUCACCAACAAAUCCAAGCAAUCAAUAUGAGGUACCAAUACCAAGUAAAGAAUUAGUACCAUGUGGUACAAUGGCUAAUAAUGAUUUAUUAACAACGGAAACAACAAAAACAAUUGAAUGCCCAACAACAUAUUCGUUUACAAGUCCAAUAAUUGUUAAAUCAUUAACAACAUUUAGUAAUGACAAUAAUAAAAUAUUUGAUAAUAUUUCAAAUAUACCAAAUGGUAUAACAGAAUGUAUUAGCACAAAUAAUAAUAAUAAUAAAAAUAAACGAACAAUAUCAAAUUCUUCAACAAUAAGUGUUGGAGGUGUUGGCGAUAAUUGUUCACCAAAAAUAUUAUGUAAAAGACUUAGUAAUAACAAUUGUAAUAAUUUAAUUAAUAAUAAUACAAAUAUUAAUAGUAAUAAUAAUAAUUGUAAUGAAAAUAAUAAUUUAAGUUUAUUAAAUACUAAUCAAAUAUUAAAAGUUAACUUACCAUCACAAAAUAAUAAUAAUAAUAUAGAUAAUAACAAAAUAAAUUAUAAAAAAUUAUAUAAAGAUAGUGUUGUAGUUAAUAAUAAUAAUAAUAACAAUACAACGACAACCAUAAAUAGUAAUAUUAAUAAUAAUAACAAUAAUGAUAAUAAUAAUAGUAAUGAAACAAAUAAUUUAGAUUAUAGUAAAAGUAGUAAAGAAUUACAAAAUGAAGAUGGACGCAUACUUGUUACCUAGUUUAUUAAAAUUAUUUUACAUUUAAUAAAUUCAAUAGAAAUUUAAAUGCAAUUAUUUUAGAAAAAGAAAAAACGUAAAAAAAAUUAUAAAAAUUUGGAAUGAAAUUUAUGUUACGUAAGUCAUUGAUUUUUGGAAAAUGGUGUCAAAUUUAAAUUAACAAUAUUAUAACAAAUUAAUUAAAUCGCGUACUUGACAUUUAAUAAUAUAGUAAUGUCUAUUAAGACUUUUAAAAUACUAUAUAAAAUUUAAACAUUCUUCUAAUGUAUGUUUUAACCACAAAGUUUUUUAAUUUUUUGAAUGUGAGUAAUUGAUUUUAACAGAUUGUUAAUGCAAGAAACAAAGUCCCUAUUGCUAAUUUUUAUUAAUUUAUAUUUCAUUUUAGAUAAACCCAUAAAAGCAAAAAUGGUUAAAGCAAAAGGAACACAAAAUUUAAUUAUUAAACAUCA